UCCCUCUGCAUCCGACUCAUCCUCAUUCCUCCUUCUCUUUCUCUCUUCCUCCUUCUUGCUUUCCAUGCUAACGUUCUCUAUACGGGUCUUCUGACCAACAUGUGGAUUUUCUGCAUCUGGAUGCUUUCAACUUCUCUUGCAGACUCGUUCUCAUAAUCCUUUGAUUCGUGUGGUUUCUUCAGUCAGUCUUUGUUAUCAUUUCUCAUCGAUAUUGACAACCCCGCCCUUAUCUGUCUCGGGCACCUAUUGUUGAAGUGUCAUUGCUCCACAACUCUAUUGUUUUUCCAUCGCCAAAUCUUUCAAUGCCAUCUUCUGCCGAGUCAACUUCGAACUGGGAUUUCACUCCGGUGAUAAACCUUCUCCGCACGCCUACCUACGGCAGCGGCAGCUCAUUUCUCCCUUAUCGCCACCGUGAUUCUCCCCCUGCUUCUCUGCCCUCUUCGGUAGUCAACCAGGAUGAUUUCACUCCAACAAGUAUUGAACAAAGCCAACUGAGCCAGGGACGUCGUUCUCCCAGACUUGGCGACUUUGGCUCACUGUGGGAGCUCUUAGGGGGUACUGGCGACUUGUCUUCCAGUACCGACUUCGAGCCUCAAGAUGCUCAGGAGAGUUCAUCCUCGCCACCGACCACCAAAGUCGAAAUACUUCAGCGUCCGGCUUCCAAGAACCUCUUGAACGAUACCGAUCAAGCACCUCCUCCGACAUCACCCAAACCCAUCCCUGGCUCUGGGAACCGAAGAGCCCGCAAGGUGCAGGCCGAGGUUGCAGCUGAAAUAAGCAAGGCCAACUCCUACGAUGCAUCAACUAAAGUCACGCACGACCUCAGCUCAUGUGAGAGCAACGUGGGUGCGGAAUCCGACGGCUGUCUAAGUGUCUUUGAUCCUCCUCUCACCACCAAGAAAGGCAUCCUCUCUUUGGUUCCCCCACAAGUGGGUGCAGCGAGUGCUUUUGUCGAUCCAUACGACACCCCGCCAUCUUCUUACGACGAGCCGGUGGAGCCUUUAGCUUCGAAAGUUGUCAGGUGCCCGCCUAACUCGGACCCUCUACGUGUCCAGCCUCUUACCUACAAGUCUACCACGGAACGACGACUUGGUCUCCUGACCAAGCUGUUGAAAAAUUUCCCAGAUUACGCAAACAUCAUCGCUCAAGCGAAUCGGCCUGCGGCCACAAAUAAGGACAAAUUUCCAAGCCCUCCCAUUCACGUCUUCGUGGAUAUGUCUAAUAUUAUGGUCGGGUACCACGACACCAUGAAGCUAUCUCGAAAUAUUCCUGUGAAGACGCGGAUUCGGCGCUUGCCAUUGUCUUUUCAAAAUUUCUCUUUGAUUCUCGAACGUGGCCGGCCCACUGCCAAGCGAGUCCUGGUAGGGUCAGAUCGGUUCGCAGCCAUCCGUGAAGGCGAACAGCUUGGCUACGAAACGAACAUUCUUGAUCGUGUGCACAAGGUCAAACAUAUGACUUCCCGUCAACUGAAGUUUCGAAAGAAUCUUCGGGCGGGCAACCACGACUCCGGUAGCGGUUCAGAAACGAACGAGGGACCGGGGGUGCGGUGGGUUGAGCAGGGUGUGGACGAAAUUCUACAUCUGAAGAUCUUGGAAAGUCUGCUGGAUACAGACGAACCCGCAACCAUUGUCCUGGCCACGGGAGAUGCGGCGGAAGCCGAGUUCUCGGGCGGGUUCAUGAAGAUGGUGGAGAGGGCACUGCGACGCGGGUGGACCGUGGAGCUGGUGAGCUUCACCCAGGUGACUAGCUACGCUUAUCGCAGGAAGGACUUCCGUGCGAAAUGGGGGGAUCAGUUCCGGAUAAUAGCGUUAGAUGACUACGUUGAGGAGCUCCUCGAUAUGUGAUAAUGCUUUUGGACCCUAGUCAUGUAUUCUUGCCAUGCUGC